ACCUUGACUCCUGGAGCUGCAGCGCAGCAAGCAGGUACCUGCUUCUGCACCUGUCUCUUACACCUGCCCUGCAGCUGCUCCUACCCACCUCUCCAGGCUGAGUCUGGCCAGCGCGACACCCUGGAGACACCCUCUCCUCCUCCAGUCUCACCUGCCUGGGCAGCUCCUACAUUCAACUCCUCUAGGGAAAGUCGCACCUCCAGCCCAGAGCAGUCCGGAUUACAGGCCAGUCCCUUGUGACCUGUGGCUCCUUCUACUUCAAGGAGAGCAGAAGGCUCUGCCUGGGUUUAGGGGCCACCAUGACUGAAGUUGGUUGGUGGAAGCUGACCUUCCUCCGGAAAAAAAAAUCCACUCCCAAAGUGCUCUACGAAAUCCCUGACACCUAUGCCCAAAUGGAGGGAGGUGCAGAGCCCCCAGGACCUGAUGCAGGAGACCCUCACAGUGACUUCAACAGCCGUCUGGAGAAGAUUGUGGACAAGAACACCAAAGGCAAGCAUGUCAAGGUCUCCAACUCAGGCCGUUUCAAAGAGAAGAAAAAAGUCCGGGCCAUGUUGGCCGAGAACCCCAACCUCUUUGAUGACAGGGAGAACAAAGGGCAAUGAAGGCGGCCGAAGAGGACAGUAGUGCCGCCCUGCUCCCCGCCACUGGUGGGGUCUGAGGCAGGAGCUUGCCACGCUGGCCUCUUUGGUCAUAGUCAUGGUGGCGGUUGAUCCCUGCUGGCCGGAACACCCGGUUCUUAGGUUUUUAUUUAUGUGCCCCAGCUUUACGAAGUGCCUCCUCAUCCCCAUGAUCACAUACAAAGGCACUCUGGUCCAGCAUGAAAAUUGUGACCUAGAAGUACUGCCGUCCUUGACAUAGUGGCUUGGCUCACAGGGAGGUGGCACAGCAGAGAAAAGACAGAGAACAGGAUGGACUGACUCCACCCUCUCCCUGGGUAACGGGGCCAAGGGUGAAUUUGAAAUGCUGCUCCCUCUACUUUCUCUACCAGUGACUGUUCCCUGGGCCAAUUCAAGGAGAGCAGUUUUUCCGGAAGUCACGUGACCCUGGUUUCCUUGGUGCCAGAGGCGGAGUUGCUAAACUUGAGAUCACCUCUUAAUUCAAGGAGUAAACUUCCUGGAACUUUGCUCCUAAGAGUGGAGGAGCAAAGGACACGGCACUCCCUGGGGUGCUACUGGAAGCUAGACCAGAAUUCCUCGUGAGCUCUUUACCUUGACCACCACUUCUGUGGUGCUGAAUUACAUACUCCCAAAGAGAGGCCUCACUGGCCGGCCCAAGGAUCCAAACUGGAGGAGUGGAGGGGUUUCCCCCACUCCUUCCCUGAUCGUAUUUAAGAUAGACGAGCUCCCGGAGUGAGUCCUGGAGCCUUGAAUUUUGUUGGAAAAGUAGGUUUUACUUAGGAAUAAACAAGACUGCAGAAA